ACAGGUGCGUCAAAGGGGUCUCUGUUGUUCUUUCCAGUAUCGUUUUCAAAUUUGGGAUGAACUGGAUUGUAGCUGCGGUCGCUGUGUGUGUCUUUGUGCCCAGCACCCACUGUCAGUCAAGUCCAAUCGCCUGGUGUUAUCAUGAGCCAAACUGCAAUGACACGACUUGGCCAACCAUUGCUGCUGCACAUUGCAACGGCAGCCGGCAGUCGCCCAUUAACAUCGUCUCAGCAUCUGCCCAAAUUGACUCCAGUCUGACUGCAUUCACCUUUUGGAACUACAGCAGCAAAUCCACCAUGACAACGAUCAAAAACACUGGCAACACAGUCAAAGUCUACCUCGGCUACGGUGUGAGGAUUUCAGGAGGAGGUCUGUCCGAGGACUACGACAGCCUGCAGUUCCACUUGCACUGGGGCAAUGGCACCUCUGUCCCCGGCUCCGAGCACACCGUGGAUGGCAAGCGCUAUCCCAUGGAGUUACACAUUGUAAACAGCAAGGCAUCCUAUAAUCGGAACACAACUCAGGCUCUUGCGGACUCUACAGGAUUUGCUGCUCUUGGUUUCUUGAUUGAGGAAAUGUCGGGUAAUGCAACUGGCCAACCUGCAAGCUGGCACACCUUGAGCUCCUACCUGACAAACAUCUCAAACAGCGGCAAAAAUGUUACAGUGGCACCUGGAAUUUCACUGGAUGAUCUCCUGACUGGGGUGGAUCGCACCAAGUAUUACCGCUACCUUGGCUCCUUGACCACCCCCCUUUGCAACGAGGCUGUGGUUUGGACUGUGUUUAAGGACACAAUAAAAGUCAGCAAAGACGUGAUUGACCUCUUCAGCCAAACGGUACGCCUCUCAAACAGCACAUCACCUUUUAUGCUCAAUGUCUACAGAGACAUCCAGUCAGCGCAACAUGUCACAACACAGGCUGCCAGCUCGACCUCCAAAGCGUGCUACUCUCUGGCUCUGGUGGCUCUGAGCCUGGUUCUUGGGAGGAGUUAGGGCCAUGAAAGGUGGUGGUGUCUCAGCAACUUAUGGUGUUGCUGGUAAAUCUCUUUGCAAUGAAAAUACACCAUUUUGCCAUCAUUUGUCCUCUCCCCCUUCAUGUGGUUUGUCUGACUUUAGCAGUGUCCACAUUGUUAAUACAUAAAGUGUGCAAUGAACUACUCAUUCUUAGUCCCCUAAAUUCAGAAUGUAGAAUUCAGUGUACACAUAAGAUCACAACCAAGCAACACUGAGCCCGCCACAAGUACUUCCAAUAUAGCUCUAUGCAUUAAUGUCAACAUGUGAUGAUGGCUGCCUCGCUCUGAUGUGGUAGUCCAUCAUAAUGUUUCUGUAAACAAUUAUUUAUUCAUUAUUAGAGUUUUAAUUGGUUGUAUGCAUGAUUGCAGCUCUUGCUUAAUAGAUUUAUGUUAGACUUUGAUUCACACAAGAAUUUAGAAUGUUGUAUUGAGAAGUGAAGCACAGCUCAUUGUCUGUUUCUGCACUACCAAAGCUGCAUUCAGGUGCCUGAAAAAAGAUAUGCACAUGCACUAAGUUCACUCUGUAGUAAUGGGAGUUUAGAAUUCUGUCAAUGUCAUUUUGAGCGCGCAAGUAUUAAGUUGCAUUACAAUCUGCCGGCAUGCAUCUGUCUAGAGAAUUACAACUCAAGUCUGUACAAAUAAAUGGUGCAGAAUAGGAUUUCAUUUUCAAUUAGAUUUUUGUAUUUUUAUAUUCCCUUAUUUUGGACCCUGAUUGGCUUUUGUUUUUGUCCUCAUCAGUGCAGAUACUGUUAGCAGGUGAAAUGUAGCCAUGUUGUAGAAUGUUGGAAAAUUGUGGAAAAUUUCUAGUGAGUAAACUUUUUUUUCUUUUCUUUUUAAAUGGCAUUAUGUAACCGCAUCAAAUGUAAUCCCUAUUGUUGCACCUGGACUGAACUUGAACCUGACACUUGAGGCGGGGUUAUGAGAGGAUAUAUAAUCCCAAAACAAUAGAUGGCAUAAAAGCCUGUUUUACUUAUCGAACAAGGUGUACUUCUUGGUGUUUUUUUUUUUUUUUUUUCUUCAUUAGAAUUUUAGUGUCAGUUAACGCUAAUCAUCAAACUAGAACAUUCCUUGAUAGAGGGAUUUUUCCAUGAGGAUCUGGUCAUGCGUUAGAGUUCAGAAGUUCAGAUGUAGCAUGAUCAAAUUUUAAUUCUAAGUCACUUAUAUUCUUUAUAAGUGACGUCUGUGAGGAUGCAAAUGUUUCUCAUUCCUCAGCAACUUGGAGCUUAUCUAGACAUUUCCCACUUGAACAAAAUAAAUACUCCUAUG